AUGACAGGUAUCAAAAGAUCAUCCAGAACUUCUAAAUUAGAGAAAUUUGCUAAAAAAUUCAAAAGCUCUUCCAAAAAUCCUAUAGAUGAAGACACUAAAAUAUCUAACUGUAUAGUUCGUGUCCCUGUUUCAUUAUAUGCAUCCAUUGCCCCAAUGUAUUCUCAAUCUCCUUUACAAGGGAUUAUGAAACAGCAUUUAAAUCCAAUGGUAAUGAAAUUUAAUCCAAAAGUUGAUGGUGUCGUCUUAGGUUAUGAAGAUUUAACUAUUAAAGAUUCUAAUCCAUUAGCUGAUGAAUCAUCUCAAGAAAAAUUAAUAAAACUAACACCAGAUACUCCAUUUGGAUUUACUUGGGCUAAUGUAAAUUUAUACGUUUGGCAACCACAAAUAGGCGAUAUUAUUGAAGGCUGGAUUUUUAUUCAAUCUGUAUCACAUAUUAGUUUAUUAAUCUUCGAUGCUUUUAAUGCUAAUAUUAACAAAAAUUUUAUUCCAGAAGAUUGGACAUUUAUAAAUAAUGAAGUUGAAGAAGAAGAAAUUCUACAAGAGGAAAAAGCUGCUGAAGAAUCAAAUGGAACUAAUCAGGACAAUAAUAAACCUAAUUUCACAAACCGUUCCUUAGGAUAUUGGGUAGAUGGCAAUGGUCAACGUGUAGAUGGUAAAUUGAAGUUCCAAGUAAGAUAUAUUAAUUCUAACGGUAGAGUUAUUACUGUGGAAGGAAGUUUAUUAAAAGAACAGAAAGAUUUAUCUCCUGCCGAGAAGUUACCAGUUAUUUCAAAUAAAAAGAUUACAUUUGAUGAUGAAGUUUCAACUGAAAAUACUGAAAGUCAUAAAGAUUUACAAUUAACAGAGGUCAAAGAAAAUAAUGGUGCGGAGAUCGUUUAUGAAGAAAAUUCGAGUGAAGAUGAUGAUUCUUCGGAUGAAAGUGAUUAG